CAUGUUAUGACCUUCCAGUUGACAGGGAGGAUAACCACUCUGAUGCUCAUCACGGGACAGGAACGGAUAGGCAAAGGAUUGCGAGGACGCUCUCCGUUGAAUUGGUUAGACUAGAUGUUUUUUCAGAUGAAAGAGAAGACGUUCAAAAGAAGACUUUCUCAAAAUGGAUAAACUCACAGUUUUCUAAGGCAGGGAAGCCCCCCAUCCAGGACCUCUUCACCGACCUGUGUGAUGGCCGUCGCCUGCUGGAGCUGCUGGAGGGACUGGCAGGUCACGAGCUGGUGAAGGAGAGAGGAUUCACGCGUGUCCACUCACUGAACAAUGUCAAUAGAGCGUUGCAGAUCCUACAGAAGAACAAUGUUGAACUGGUGAAUAUAGGAGGAGCCGACAUUGUUGAUGGGAAUCAUAAACUGAUUCUUGGACUCAUUUGGAGCAUAAUUCUCCACUGGCAGGUAAAGGAUGUGAUGAAGGAUGUGAUGGCAGGCCUACAGCAGACCAACAGUGAGAAGAUUCUGCUUAGCUGGGUGCGCCAGUCCACCAAGGACUAUCCCCACGUCAAUGUGGUCAACUUCUCCUCCAGCUGGUCCGACGGCCUGGCCUUCAACGCACUCAUCCACAGCCACAGGCCCGAGCUGUUUGAUUGGAGCAUUGUGGAGAAGCAGAAGAGUGCCAUGGAGAGAUUGGAUCACGCCUUCAGCAAGGCUGAGCAAACCCUGGGCAUAGACAGACUGCUGGACGCUGAGGAUGUGGCGGUGCUGCACCCUGAUAAGAAGUCAGUCAUCAUGUACAUAACGUCUCUGUUCCAAGUGCUGCCUCAGGGCGUAACCAUGGAGGCCAUCCAGGAAGUAGAGACUCUGCCUCGGACCGUCGUCAAGCAGGAGGAACACUUCACCAUCCAGACCCAACAACGCUACUCCCAACAGAUCACAGUGAGUGUGUCUCAGGGGCGGGUUCGUACCCCCUCCACCUCUCCUAAACCUCACUAUAAAAGCUAUGCCUACAGUCAAGCUGCAUAUGUCAAGUCACCUGAACAAAAGAGGAGACGCUUUACUGAGCAGCUGCUGCGUGGGGGCAGUCAGGAUGACCUGGAGCGGGCCCUGAGCCCCCUGGCCCCUGGGGCCACCCAGCUGGAAGACUACCAGAGCAUCCUGGAGGAGGUCCUGACCUGGCUGCUGUCUGCAGAGGAUGGCCUGCAGGCCCAGGGCCCCAUCUCCUCUCACGUAGAGGAGGAGGUCAAGGAGGGACACCCCAGGGGUAUCCAUAUAACACACGAGGGCUACAUGGUGGAGCUGACGUCCCACCAGGGCAGUGUGGGCAGGGUGCUGCGUGCGGGCAGUGCCCUCCUGGGUGAGGGCCAUUUAACGGAGGAGGAGGAGAAAGAGGUCAGGGAGCAGAUGAACCUCCUCAAUUCCCGCUGGGAACACCUCAGAGUGGCUAGCAUGGAGAAACAGAGCAGACUCCACGAGGUGUUGAUGGACCUUCAGCACCAGCAGUUGAAGCAGCUCACUGAUUGGUUGGAGCUGACAGAGGGGAGGAUCAAGCGGAUGGGGGCUCAGCCUAUGGGGCCAGACCUGGAGGAUGUUAAACACCAAGUAGAGGAACACAAACUGUUGCAGGAGGACCUCGAGUUGGAGCAGGUGCGUGUCAACUCUCUGACACACAUGGUGGUGGUGGUGGAUGAGAACAGUGGAGACAGCGCCACCGCUGCCCUGGAGGAGAAACUACAGCACCUGGGAGACCGGUGGGCAGCCAUCUGUAAGUGGACAGAGGAGCAUUGGGUUCUGCUACAGGAGAUCCUGCUGCAGUGGCAACACUUCACUGAGGAACAGUGUUCGUUUGACUCAUGGUUGACUCAGAAGGAGAAGUUGGUUCUGUCCAUCCAGAGCAGUGGCAUCAAGGAGCAGAGUGACAUGGUGGCCAACCUGAGAAGACUAGCGACGGUGAAGGGUGACCUGGAGAUGAAGAGACCGACCAUGGACAAGCUGUGUUCUCUGUGUCAGGACCUCGUCUCCUCAGUGAAGAACAAAGAGGUGGCUCAUAAGCUGGAAGCCAGGCUGGAGAGCUUCGCCCAACGCUGGGACAAACUGGUGCAGAGCCUGGAUAGGAGCAGCUCACAGAUCUCGCUGGCUGUAACCACGGUGCAGACCGCGCAGACGAAACUGACACACUCGGUGACGGCGAGCGUAUCCAAGGUGACGACGCGUGAGAAGGUGGUGGUGAAGAAUACUAAAGCAGCGCUGCCCUCUCCACCGCCCCAGAAGAAGAGACAGAUUGUUGUCGAAUCAGAGCUCAGGAAAAGGUUUGACAUGGACUUCACUGAGCUGCACAGUUUCAUCACGCGCUCCAAGGCCAUCCUACAGAGCCCAGAGUUCUCCAUGUCCAGGAAGGAGGGCAGCGUACAGGAGCUCCACGAUAAAGUCCUGGCGAUAGAGAGGGAGAGGCCAGAGAAGUUGCGGAAGCUUCAGGAAGCAACUCGUUCGGCACAGGCUUUGCUUGAUCAGCUGGCGAGCGAGGGUGGUAGUAGGAGGGCUGAUGACAUCCAGAAAGCAGCCGAGGAGCUCAACACUCGCUGGGAUGGGUUCUGUGCCCUGCUGGCUGAGAGGCUGGAGUGGCUGGCCUACCAGAGCAAGAUCCUGGCCUUCUAUAACCUCUGGCAGCAACUGGAGCAAGCUGUGGUCAACUCUGAGAACUGGCUGAAGGUCCAGCAGCCACCGGCCUCAGAGCCUGAACCUCUGAAGCAUCAACUGGAGCGCUGCAGGGAGGAGAUAGCUCGUUUCUCCUCUCUGGAGCCCCAGGUCAACCUGCUGAAAGAGAAGCUGAAGGCACUGAGGGAGAAGGAGAAUGCUCCUGUCUUCUUCGAUGCAGACAUCACUGACUUCACACAGCAUCACCAGCAGGUCCUGGAUGAGCUCCAGGCCCGAGAGAGACAGCUGGUGCUGGUUCAGGAGAGCCUUCCUCCAGUGCUCUAUAAGGAGACAGUAUUUACUCUGUUGGCCUGGUUACAGCAGUGUGAGGCGAGGCUAGCCAUCCCCUCUACAGCCGUCACUGAAUACCCUACCAUGGAGGGGAGACUGAAGGAUGUCAAGGUAAUGCAGGUUGCGCUUGCAGAGCACCAGAGUGAGGUGGACUACCUGACGGCUACAGUGGACCAGGUGUUUCAGAAGGCCCCUCCUGAGAUCAGCCACAAGUACAGGGCAGAGAUGGACAGCAUCAUGACUCGCUGGAGACGCCUGUCUUCAACGCUGGGGGAACAGGCGACCAAGAUAACAGAGCUUAUGGCUAAAUUACUGCAGUUCCAGAAUGACGUGAAGACUCUGAGGAAGUGGAUGGCUGAUGUUGAUGUGUUCCUGAAUGAGGAGUGGCCAGCGCUGGGGGACUCAGAGGCCCUGCAGAAACAGCUGGAGCAGUGCACCGCCUAUGCUAAGAAGUCCGCUCUGAAGGGGGGUCUGGACAAGACCAUGAGCCUGAGGAAGGAGAUGGCUGAGAUGCAGGAGUGGAUCACUCAGGCUGAGGAGGACUAUCUGGAGAGAGACUUCACUUACCAGACCCCUGAGGAGCUACGCAAGGCUGUGGAGGAACUCAAGAAGGGUCAAGAGGAGGUCCACUCUAAAGAGCUGAAGGUGAAGCUGCUGACUGACUCUGUGAACAGUUUCAUCUCCAAAGCCCCUCCGGCCGCCCACGAUGCCCUCAAGGCAGAGCUGGUCGUGCUGACAAUACUGGACGCUAACUACCAGAGACUCUGCAGCCGCCUGGACGGCAAGUGUAAAACCCUGGAGGAGGUGUGGGCGUGUUGGUGUGAGCUGCUGUCCUACCUGGAGCAGGAGAACGGCUGGCUGGACCAGCUGGAGCAGAAGCUAGACGAGACAGACAGCAUCCCGGGGGGAGCAGAGGAGCUCUGUGAGGCCCUUGAUGCCCUGGACACAUUGCUGCGUCACCCUGAAGAUGGGAGGAACCAGAUCAGAGAGCUGUCGCAGACCCUGAUGGACGGAGGAGUUCUGGAUCAACUGAUCCAGCACAAACUAGAGGCCUUCAACACACGCUGGGAUGAACUCAUGCAGAGGGCGGUUCGUCGGCAGCAGCAGCUGGAGAAGAGUGUGCAGUGGGCCCAGGAGAAUGACAAGACGCUGCGUCUCAUCAAUGACUCUCUGGACGCCACCGACCGCCACCUGUCUGCCUACAUCGCUGACCACAUCGACGCAGCACAGAUUCCACAGGAGGCACAGAAGAUCCAGACAGAGCUGAAUGGUCACGAGGCGACUCUGGCAGACAUGAAGAAGAAGAAUACAGAGAGAGAACAGUCAGAGAGAGUAGCAGCCCAGAUCCACCUGAUACAGAAGAAACUCCAGGAGGUGUGUGUGAAGUUCAGGCUCUUCCAGAAGCCUGCGAACUUCGACCUGCGCCUCUCAGAGUGUGAGAGGGUUCUCUGGGAUGUGAAGGCACAGCUGGGGGUGUUGGACAUACGCAGCGUGGAACAGGACGUGGUGCAGUCACAGUUGGAACAAUGCAUGAAGUUGUAUAAGAGUCUGAGUGAGGUGAAGUUGGAGAUAGAGACUGUGAUAAAGACCGGAAGACAGAUCGUUCAGAGACAGCAGACGGAGAAGCCUAAAGAGCUGGACGACAGACUCACUGCCCUCAAGCUGCUCUAUAAUCAACUGGGCGCGCAGGUGACGGAGGGAAAACAGGAACUAGAGAAGAGUCUGAAGUUGUCCAGGAAACUGCGUAAGGAGUUGAACAGCCUGACAGAGUGGCUAGCUGCUACGGACGCUGAGCUGACUAGGAGGUCGGCUGUGGAGGGGAUGCCCAGUGAUCUAGAGGCUGAGCUGGACUGGGCCAAGGCAGCCCAGAAGCAGACAGAGAAGCAUGCUCCCCAGUUGAAGGCUGUAGAGGAGUUGGCUGAAGCCUUGAAGGCAGUGCUGAGAGGUCAGGAGAGCCUGGUCGAUGACAAGGUCCAGCUGCUCAACUGUAACUGGGUCGCUGUCACCUCCAGGAGUGAGGAGUGGUUAAAGCUACUGCUGGACUACCAGAGCCAGAUGGAGAAAUUGGAUGUGAGUAUGAAGGUGAUAAAGGAGUGGAUGGAGGGAGCAGAGAAAGAGAUGGACCAGAUAGAGAACCAGGGACCCAACGACCCUGUCCUCAAGGGUCUGCGUGGGGACUUGGAGGUGAUGCAUGGUAAGGUGGAGGCGGUGCGGGUGCUACACCACGGUCUGAUGGGUAUUCGUGGGGAACACUGCCAGGCACAGCUGGGGCCCAACCUGGAAAAGCUCAACCAGCGUUUUGACAGCAUCGCACAGCGUAUCACUGCAGGACAGGCAGCAGCAUCAGCGGUGGAGGUGGAGCAGUUCCACAGUGAAGCUAAGAUCUGGCUGGACCUGCUGGAGGAAGAAGAGAAACAGGGAGAGAACCUCAAGGAGGAAGAUUUCACAGGACAGGACGGGAACUGUGAGGAGGGGGCAGUGAAGGAGCUGUUGCUGAAAGGACAGAAGCUACAGAGGAGAGUUCCAGACCUGGACAAGAAAGAACAGAUCAGAAUCAAACACAAUCAGCUCAACACUAAAUACAACAGUGUCAUGGACCUGCGAGGUGUGAGGAGGAGGAAGGCCCUGGCGAUAGCCCCCCAGUGGUAUCAGUACCGUAGGAAGACUGAUGACCUUCUCCAGUGGCUGGACGACAUUGAGAGGAGCGUGGCUGAACUACCUGAUCCAGCAGAGGAACAGAGGGUUAAGGAGAUUGGCUCAGAGUUCGAUGGGAAGAGUGAGGAUCUGAAAGAGGUGCAGGGAUUGGCCAAAGAACUGUCAGACGCAGGGGCGACCUCGCUGGUGCAGCCCCGCCUCCUCCAGCUCAACACACGCUGGCAGGAGGUGGAGGCUAAAUUCACCCCCUACCGCCGACAAAGUGAGUACCUGGGAGAGCUGCAGACCCUGCUGCGUUCCGUCUCUGAGACAGACUUCCAACUGAACUCUCCUGAGUACUGGCAGGCCGUCUUCUACAACCUGCCCCAGCAGGGACAGUGCCUUCAGGAGGUGAAGGUGAAUCUGAAGAACCUCCGCCCCCCUGUAGAGGGCGCUCUAGCCAGGAGAGAGGAGGUGGUGGCCAUCGCCACUCCAGCAGAGAGCACCAGGGUUCGGGAGACUGCUCUGCUGCUCAACACUAACUGGGACAAAGUCAACAAGCUGUACCUGGACAGGCUCAGGCGCUGGGAGACGUCCAAUGCUAAGUGGCUGAAGUUCAUAGCGGACCAGAAGGUGUUUGGUGAUUGGUUGAGUGGUGCGGAGACCACUCUGAAACAGGCGAAGACAGACCCUGCUGGGACCAGACCACACCUUAAGGAGCUGCAGGAGAGCGUGGGGGCCCAGGGGGGUGUGGUGGCAGGGCUGAACGCUGCAGGGAAGGAGAUCAUUGGUCAGAGUACGCAGGAGGAUGGAGCUCAGAUCAGGCUACAGCUCAACACCCUCAACACACGCUGGGUGAACAUCACCCAGGAGAUCGCAGAGAGGAAGAGGAGGUCUGCAGAGGCACGUACUGCAGCGAUGGGGCUGCAGGAGGACAUGGGGGAGUUCCUGUCCUGGCUGGAUGAGGCUGAGGAGGUCGUGGCCAUCCCCCUGACGCCUGGAGAUCACCACCAGAUGAACGCCACCCUGGAGAAAGUCACGGCUCGUGUGUUGGAGCUACCAGCCAGACAGAACAGUGUGGAUACCAUCAACACGAGGACCGGCACCAUUCCCCUCCCUGCUGACCAACAGAAGGAGAUGAAGAGGACCAACACACGCUGGGUACAGGUGUCUAAAGACCUGCCUGAGAAGCAGAAGCAGAUUGAGAGCUUGCUGAAGGAGCUGUCUCACUUCCAAGACCGGCUAACUUACCUCUCCUCGUGGACCUCAACCACCAGGACCACCCUAGAGGAAAACCCUGACAAUGUGGAACCCAAGCUCGUAGAUGAAGUCCAGGUCAAGAAGCCUGAGGUGGAGGGGGUGUUGGCUAAGGGCCAGGAGCUGUACAAGGACACGCCUCCCAGCCAACCAGAGAAGGAGAAGUACCACAGUCUGAGUGAUGAUUGGAGGGCGAUUCAGGGGCAAAUGAUAGUACACAGAGAGAGGCUGGCUGCUCUAAGGAUCCAGAAAACCACCAUUGAGACCCUCCAGGGAGACGCCCCAGCCCUGGCUCAGUUCAACAAGGCCUGGGCAGAGCUCUCUGAUUGGCUAUCCCUGCUGGAUCAGAUGGUACAGACACAGAGGGUGACCGUGGCCGACCUGGACGACAUCAACCACAUGAUCGUCAAGACCAAGGGAGCACUGGGGGACAUGGAGCGGCGGCGCCCCCAGCUGGAGGGUCAGCUGACUGCAGCCCAGAACCUGAAGAACAAAACCAACAACCAGGAGACACGAGCUGCUAUCACCGACCGCAUUGACAGGUUGCAGACCCACUGGGAGGAGUCACAGGGGAGACUGGCUGAUAGACAUCAACAGCUACAGAACAUGCUGCAGGACUCCUCUGAUUGGUUGGACGCCAGGAAGGAGGUGGAACCUCUCAUCAAACGAGCCAAUGACAAGCUGGAGUCGUGGCAGGAUAUUUCCUACACCAUGGAUGCUCUGAAGAAGCAAAACACUGACCUCAAGCUGUUUGUGAAGGAGCUGCACCAGUGGCAGGGUCAGGUGGACGUGACCAAUGACCUGGCAGGGAAGCUGUUAACCCUUUACUCUACCGACCACACACACAAGGUCACACAGAUGACCGACGCCACGAACGUUACCUGGGAGCACAUCAACAAACGUGUCGGGGACCGUGAGGCGGCUCUGUCAGCUGCUCUGAGGCUGUUGCAGCAGUUCUACCUGGACCUGAAGGAGUUCCUCAACUGGCUGACGGAGGCAGAGACCACCUGUAACGUCCUGCUGGACGCCUCACACAAGGAGAGGCUGCUGGAAGACCCUGAGGCUGUACGACACCUGCUGGGGCAGUUCCAGGACCUUCAGGGGGAGAUCGAUGGCCACACAGAACUGUACCACUCUCUGGAUGAGAACGGUCAGCGUAUCGUGACGUCUCUGACCGGCUCAGACGAUGCCGUACUCCUACAGAGCCGCCUGGACAACAUGGGCCAGCGCUGGGACGAGCUGCGCAGCAAAACCAUGAGUAUGAGAUCUCACCUGGAAGGGGAAAUGGCUCCAUGGAAGAGGAUACACAUGACCCUUCAAGAGCUGAUAGCCUGGCUGCAGAUGAAGACUGACCUGCUGGAGCAGGAACCACCAGUAGGGGGCGACGUCCCUGCUGUGCAACAACAGCUGGACACACACAGGAGCUUCAGGAGAGAUCUGAGGGCCAAGGGCCCGGUGGUUAACGGGGCCCUGGACCAGGUUCAGAUCUUCCUGUCUGAGCUGCCUGCUGAGAGGGAGCCUCAGCCUGUCCAGAGAGGUGAGUGGGACACACUGUUAGCCCGCUGAACUAAAGCCUAGGUAUUAAUUCAUGGACUUAACACGAGUCUAAAGAAAGGUUACUCAUCACACACUGAUAAACACC